CCUUUCCAAUCACAAGUUGCAACUUCUGCGGAAUCACUGCCCAAUCACCUCUGCACCAUUCUUUCCCGACCUUCUCUCAAAAUCUAUUAAAAAAAGGUUUCUUUUUUCUUUGACUGAGUAAAUUAUAGGAGGAAACUCGGUCAUGGGUUCGAUCUCGUUGCCCAAUUCUCUACCCAUAACUCGGGUUCCAGUAGUUACAUCACCAGUCAAACAAUGCCUGUCUCAGUGCCGUCCUCUUCUCCCUAAACGCCGUCGUUCCGCUUCCCACGCCGACAUCAAAUCGCCGCUCGUCGCCGCCUCCGUCAGAUACUCCGUUCCCGCAAAAAAUGGAACUUACACAGUUGGGGAUUUCAUGACACGGAAAGAGGAUCUGCAUGUUGUUAAACCCACAACUUCGGUCGACGAUGCAUUGGAGAUUUUGGUGGAGAAGAAAGUCACAGGAUUGCCUGUAGUUGACGAUGAUUGGAAUCUGGUCGGUGUUGUUUCUGAUUAUGAUUUGCUUGCACUGGACUCCAUUUCAGGCCGCAGCCAAAGUGAUGCUAGCAUGUUUCCUAAUGUCGACAGUUCCUGGAAAACAUUCAAUGAACUCCAAAAACUGAUCAGCAAAACAUAUGGAAAAGUCAUCGGGGACUUGAUGACACCUUCUCCUCUUGUUGUCCGUGAAACUACCAAUUUGGAGGAUGCAGCCAGGUUGCUGUUGGAAACCAAAUACAGGAGAUUACCAGUUGUGGAUGCAGGUGGAAAACUGAUUGGAAUCCUUACGAGGGGAAACGUCGUGAGCGCUGCGCUCCAGAUCAAACGGGAGAACGAGAAGCCGAGAUAGAGAGAAAGAAUCACUAAGCAAAUCCUUGGGAUUGACUAGUAUAUGUAAGCAUUUUUGUAUGUAUCUGAUAUAUAGGCAAACUUCAAGUCUUAGCAUUUCAAUCUCUUAAUCAUGUCAUCACCUUAAAGUUCAAUACUUUUUAUUGAUUGAAGUGUUGAACUUUCACAAAGAUAAUGAUUAAGAGACUGAAUUAGGAAA